CUCUGCAUAGCAGAGCCAUACAAAGCAGUGCGCUUGCAGUGGAAACCACAUACAGAGCAUACUGUGAAACAGCACACAGUUAACCCUUUGUUCACCCCAGAUGUUAACCCCUUCCUGCCCAGUGCCAUUAUGCUUUUUAUUAGCACUGAUCACUAUAUUGGUGUCACUGGGGAUGUCAGUGACACCAAGUCAGUUCCACCCAGUGGCAGAGUGCCCGCCGCAGUCCCGCUAUAAGUCGCUGAUCGCCGCCAUUACUAGUAAAAACAAAUUCCAGUGUAUAUACCGUCA